ACAAUGAGACUGCUACUGCGGCUGUUCUCCUUCCUCGCCUAAGAUAUUGCGAGACAUGCUCUACGGCUCUCGCCGUGUCUUUUAAUGAAGCGAUCGCCGUUCGAAGGUCACCACCUGAAUGCGCGGACAUGAGCUCAACGUCUUCACAAGUUCACAAGUUUUUUGGUAAACGGGUUUCGAUGGAGGGCAGGGGCCUGAAUCCCAGCCUUAGCUUGGAUUUCCCGGGCGGUCCAACCAGCUUGGAUCCUCCUCACCUCAAUAUCCUCAAGAGUUCUGACCAGCCGCAACUUCAAGAUGAAACCUGA